CCUCCAAGCCCCUCUCCGCCAAGCCCUGAGCCGCCUAGCCCGCCUCCGCCAAGCCCCUCUCCGCCAAGCCCUGAGCCGCCCAGUCCCUCUCCGCCUAGCCCCUCUCCUCCAAGCCCCUCUCCACCUACCCCGCCUCCGCCUAGCCCGCCUCCUCCAAGCCCUGAGCCGCCAAGCCCCUCUCCACCUACCCCGCCUCCGCCUAGCCCGCCUCCUCCAAGCCCCUCUCCGCUAAGCCCCUCUCCUCCUAGCCCGCCGCCCCCAAGCCCCUCUCCACCUAGCCCGCCUCCGCCAAGCCCACCUCCUCCGAGCCCCAGCCCUCUCACACCACCCUCAAGCCCCGGCCAGCCAAACCAAGCCCCUCCAUGUGUAUGCCCCACAAGCCCCGUCCUGCCAAGCCCAAGGUCAUUGGCGUACAGCAGCACUACGGCAGGCAGACGUCUGCAAGAAGACGCUUCGCCACCAGCAGAUGUCCCAGAGCCGCC